CGUUAGAACAGGAGCAAAAGGUUAUCAACAUAUAUACCACUUAAACUUAAUCCUAACGUCCACAAACAUGAGAGUUGAUCUUCUGUUAUGUUGUCUUACUGUGCUAUUUGUCCGAGUGACUGGUUUAAUAGACUGGGCAGCUGCUAUAGCAGCGGCUGGAACGGCUGCAAGUGCUGUAACUUCUGGUGCAAGUGUUCUUAAUGGCCUUUUAGGUGGUUCCGGUUACAGUGUUGCCUGUACGGUGGAAGUAGAAAACUGGACCAAAUACCCUUUGAUUUACCCCGAAUCAUACAUCAAUGGUGGCAUUAUUCAAGCUCCACCGGUGGUAGUGAGACCAGGACAAAGGGAGCAGUUCGUAGCACACAAAACCGGAAAUACCGCUACAGGUACAUACGGAACUGCAUCCUGGUUGAUAUCGUCUACUGGUAAGAGAGCAGUCGUCAUGUGGAGUUGUCCAUACAGUUUUGAUUUACACAGCAACGAACUAGGCGUUGGGCUAACAGAUAAAGGAGUAACACAACAUAAAGACUGGUUCCAGCAAAUGGAGACUGGAACAAGCGGCUCUGGUUUAAAUUUCCGACGCGGAGAAUAUUACCAACAUACUAAGACAAUAUCAAUAAAGGACAGCCAAUUCGAGGUCACUGGAAUAAUGGGGACCAGUCAUAAAGCUAAAGCUCGUAUCAUCGUCCGACCGUUUGAGUUAAAUGAUCUUGCAGACUCGUUGAAAGUUCAGGUUGAGAAAGUACCUAUUGUUGGGUAGCUUCAUUAUUGUACAAUGGUCGAUGUUUUAUUGGAUUUCCAUAUUACUGGGAAAAAAACCUUCAGUGAAAAUUGUUUAGACAGUCAUUAAAUAAUAUUCAUUAGCGAAAA